UUUGUAUUGGAAGUUUUGUUUAAGGCAGACAAUUCCGUCCUUUUGCAUAAAGUUUUGUUGAUCCUGAGAUGUGGUGGAGAUUGAUUACUUUCUCGAAGUGACGUUAUCCAAGCGUUCCCAGAGAAAUAACUUACAGAUGUUUAUAGUGAAAUGACAUUACAGUAUACAGAUAGCUGGAGAGAAAUACCAUGCUAUCCUUCGAUUAAACAAAUACAAACAACUGUCAGAUGAGUAUGAUGAAUUCUCGGGUAGAGAUGACAUAAAUGAAGAUUAUGGCACAGAAAAAAACAAACCAAAUGCUGCUGUUGAUGUCUGUUUAGAUAGUAGGCUUUCCAACUCUGGAUUUGUCCAGUGCAUCAUGUCUGCUCUUACUGAAGAACAAAAACGAAAGAUUGAAGAGAAUAGACUGAAAGCUUUAGCUAGAAGAGCAGAAAGAAUUGCAACCCAGCAGCAGCAGCAGGUAAAUCAGAACAGAGGCAAGCCACAGUUUAGUGGAUUUACAAGCCAAAAUUUGGAGAGUUCGAGUCAUGGAACAGAUCAUCAGAAACAAGGCCAGGGUUUAAUUUCUGAAAGCGGUAACAAAGUAAAUAUAAGUGAUCUGGGGACCUCUUGUUUGCAGUUAAGCUCUGGAUCUAACAACAGUAGUCCGGCUUCUCACAGCUCCUCUUUCAGUUCUUCUACUAAGUAUUUGGGUUCUGAUGGCUUAAAUAGUGCUUUGCAAGCCUCUGCUAAUGAAAGUAUUCUUGAGCAGUACAAAAGUACAGCAAAACAGAUUUUCAGUCCACAAGCUCAUGAGAGUCCGGUACAAAAGAAUGCAAGGUCUGUUGGAACUGCAAAUGUUUUGCAGUCAUACACUUACACUACUAGUAACCCAGGUUACAAGAACUUCACUUCAGGCCUGCAGACAAAUGCCAAACCAACAUUUCAAGCCACAGACUUUGAGUCUACCAUGGAUGAUGACAGCAGAAACUCUGAGAGAACUCAGUCCACUAUCCCCAUUAAAACAGAAAGUCACUGUUCAGAAACAACACCUGCAAAGAAAACUGGGGCAGUUAUUACAGGGAAAUGUGUAAGGCAUGCAGAAGGUAGAUUUCGUGUUGAAGUUGGCUACAAUGCAGAACUUAUUUCAUUGUUCAAAACUGUGCCAUCCAGGAACUAUGAUCCUGCUACCAAGAUGUGGAACUUCAGCUUGGAAGACUACCACAACAUCAUGACGGCUGUUCGGCCAAUGACAUCUGUGGUGUUGAAGCCUUUGGACGUAGUGGUAUCGUUUACUUCUUAUUCAGAGAACUCUGUAUCUGUCCCCAGCAUUGGUGUACUUAUGAAGAUGUGCAACACAUGGCAGAAACCAAAUGCAGUGCUACGUGGGAAGUGUGUCCUCAUCUCCCGUUCUCGUUUCGAGGUUGAUAUAGGUUAUAAUGCAGGUAUCAUUGGAAUCUUCAAACAGCAGAACACAUGGAAUUAUGACAUGAAAACAAGAAAGUGGAAUUUCCUCUUGGAAGAUUAUAAAAGUCUAAUGGAAUCUGUUUCAAAGAUUGAAACUUUAGAACUGGAGCCAUUGCCUAGGGCAGUGAUUCAAGCAUUUGCUACGCAGUUUGAGAAAACACAAUCAAAGCAAACCAACAUUCCAGAUGCUAACCUUUCUGAAGUUGAUCCUGAAAUAGUUCAGAACUUGAUGCCUUUUCAAAGGGAAGGAGUUAAUUUUGCUGUAUCGAAAGAAGGCCGUUUACUGCUGGCUGAUGAUAUGGGUUUGGGAAAAACUGUCCAGGCCAUCUGUAUUGCAGCAUACUACAAGAAGGAAUGGCCCUUGCUGGUAGUUACACCAUCAUCUGUUAGGUUUACCUGGGCUGAGGCUUUCCAGAGGUGGUUGCCAUCCCUGGCAUCAGAGAAUAUUAGUGUUGUAUUGAAGAUGAAAGACAGUCUAUCGGCAGGCUUGAUAAACAUUGUUAGUUAUGACCUUCUCAGCAAAGCAUACAAGCAACUUGUAAACCUUUCCUUUAAAGUCUUAAUUAUGGAUGAAUCCCACUUCUUAAAGAAUGUGAAGACUGCACGAUAUAAAGCUGCUAUGCCUUUACUUAAGGUUGCCAAACGAGUAAUUUUAUUGUCUGGAACCCCAGCCAUGUCACGGCCUGCAGAGCUGUAUUCUCAGAUUACUGCUGUCAAACCCACCUUUUUCCCACGUUUCCAUGAAUUUGGAUUGCGCUAUUGUGAUGCCAAACAGCUACCUUGGGGAUGGGACUAUUCAGGAUCAUCCAACCUCUCUGAGCUGAAACUCCUGCUUGAAGAGUCUAUCAUGAUCAGACGUUUGAAAUCUGAAGUUUUAUCCCAGCUUCCUGCCAAGCAACGCAAAAUGGUUGUAAUAGCCCCAGAGGGCAUGGAUGCAAGAACCAAGGCUGCACUGGCAGCAGCCGCAAAAGAAGUGGCUAAAAGUUGCAACAAUAAAUCAAAGGAAAAGGAGGCCCUUAUAAUUUUCUACAAUCAAACAGCACAAGCUAAGCUUAAGGCAGUAAUAGAAUAUAUAAUGGACUUGCUAGAAAGUGGGAAAGAGAAAUUUCUAGUGUUUGCUCACCACAAGCUGGUUCUGGACAAAAUAUGUGAAGAUUUACAGAAAAAGAACAUAGACUAUAUCCGUAUUGAUGGAUCUACAGCCUCAUCUGAACGCCAUUCUUUAUGCCAGAAGUUUCAGUUUGCUGAGAAGUGCUGUGUAGCAGUGCUUUCCAUAACUGCUGCCAACAUGGGGCUUACUCUGUCUUCUGCUGAUCUUGUUGUCUUUGCUGAGCUCUUCUGGAAUCCAGGGAUUUUAAUUCAAGCAGAAGAUCGUGUUCACCGCAUUGGACAGAGCAGUUCAGUAAACAUUCAUUACCUAGUAGCUAAAGGAACAGCAGAUGAUUUCUUGUGGCCUAUGAUUCAGGAAAAGAUAAAAGUUUUAGGUCAAGCCGGUCUGUCUGAAACUAACUUUUCCCAAACAACAGAAUCAAUGGACUUUUUCUUUAAGGAUCCAAAACAGAAGACAAUUUGUGAACUUCUACAAAAAUCAUUUGCAGCACAUGAGGAUGAUAUUGCUGAAGCAGUUCUUUUAGAAGUUGCUGAUGCCUGUCAGGAAGCCAGUGCAGAAGGUUGUUCACUGGUGACACAGAGCAGUACUUACUCUGCAAGUCCCUGCAAAAAAAGACGACUUGAUGACUUCUUUGAAAAACAGCAGUAAAAGCCUUUUGAAAAUAUUGUUUAUUUUGUGGUACAGCAUGGAAAACAUUUAUUCUAUAAGAAAUGUUUCACAUGGCGUAAUUAUUGUUAAAGCAUUCAUAUAUGCUCAACUUUUUUGUUUUAAAGAUUGUUCGUUUCCCAAGAUUCAGAAUACUUUGUCACCAGUUUUGCUUUGCAGAUGACUGACUCAUAAAUGCCUUAGUUUGUAACAUAGGUAGCCAGCUUAUUUCAUAUAAAGUAACACACUGCCUUUUCCACCCACUAACAGUGCUGAAUUCAGUAUAUUUUCUUAAACUGUCUAAUUGCGUGUUUUUGUCUUUCCAUUUUAUUUAGCAUAAAUUUGACUCUUUCUGCAAAGGUCCUGUCUCCUAGGGAGAUUGGUGAUUAUUUUUGUUCUCAUAUUGGGAAACAGUCCUCCAUAUUCAGAGUAGGAGGAAUGACUCUUCUUACAUUUCAGAGGGCAUUGUGUGCUGUACUGCAUCUUGUACCGUAAGAGAAGAAUGUCCAAGAAGUUGGAUUUGCAGAAAAUGAUAGUAGUAUUGAAAAUUUUUAAGUUUUACAUUUGUACUUAAAUGUUAUUUCUUUGCUAAAGUGUAUUUUAAGAGAAUUGCAGAACCUGUAGUUCUCUUCUUUGUAGGAAAACUAUAGGUGUUGGAAAGUAGAAAUUGACAUUUUGAGUUCAAACACUGGGAUUUUCUCAGUUUCAUUUGGUGGAAUGUGUGUGUAUGUAUGUGUGUGUGUGUGUGUGUGUGUGUGUGUGUGUGUUUAUUGCAUUAUAUAUAUUUAAACAUUCAAAUGUUUGUGUCUAUAGCUAUAUGCCUAUAGAUAUAGACAUGCGCACACAUAUACGUAGAUGUGUGUUUAUGAGCAUGUGUAUUCACUCAGUAUGCAAGAAAAUAUAUUUGUAUAAUACUGCAUUAUAUUGUGUUAUAUUUAUUAAUUGUGUAUCAAGAUGACUUUUGGUUUCGUCACCUUUUGGAUAACAAUUCUUUGCUAAAUGUAGAUCAGUGAUUGCUGCAAAAUUAUAAAAAUAAAGUUUAGAAAACAUUCUUUUAAUCUGAUAUUGAAAAUAGUUGCCUUUUAAAAUGUGCAGAUGUUGAGGAAUACAGAAACAGUUGAAAUACUGGAAGAAAUGCCAGUAUAAAACUUUUCAUGACAUGCUGCAGCAUAUAUUACAC